UAAGUGCGAAAAUAAAUUCCAGAUCUUGUAAACACUCACUCUCAAGUGUACAAUAAUAUGACCCCCCCCAAAGUCCCGGAAAAAUAUAAAAUCCCACACGAAUAAAAAUCUCAAAGGAAAGCAUCUAAGCAAACAGUAACCGUAAUAAAAAGCCUUGGAAAGAAAGAAGAAAACAAGAUCCACCUCGAACACCCCUCCUCCUCCAGUCCAGUUCCACCACCACCCUCCUCCCUCUCUCUCCCUCUGCAAAAAUCAAUCUUUUUAGAGAGAGAGAGUGAGUGAUAGCAAGAAAUUUGAAACCCAUCUCAAUAAUUCCAUUCUUUAAGCCCUCUCAAUCCCAAAUCACCAUUUUUUUCAACCCCUCCCUCUGCAAAAAUCAAUCUUUUAAGAGAGAGAGAGAGAGAGAGAGAGAGAGAGAGAGAGAGCAAGAAACCCAUCUCAAUAAUUCCAUUCUUGAAUCUCUCUCAAUCCCAAAUCACCAUUUUUUUCUCAAUCUUUCUAGAGAGAGAGAGAGUGAGUGAAAGAGAUAUAUAGAGAGAGAGAGAGAGCAAGAAACCCAUCUGAAUAAUUCCAUUCUUGAAUCUCUCUCAAUCCCAAAUCACCAUUUUUUUUUUGUUGUACUUUUACCAAAUAUAUACAAAAUCCCAAAAAUCUAGCGAAACCCCACCAAAACCAACAUCCCCAGAAAAAGAAAAGCAAAAUCUUCUACCACUUCCACCCAUCAGUCCAUCACUUGCAAACAAAACACAUCAAGUGUUGUUCAAUUGGGGUUUUGUUUUCAUCAAUUUGAGAAGAAAAAAGAAAAAAAAAAUUGAAGAUGAGAGAAGAAGACUCCAAUUGGUUUUCCAAGUGGGAAGAAGAACUCCCCUCCCCAGAAGAACUCAUGCCGUUGUCCCAAACCCUAAUCACCCCUGACCUCGCCAUCGCUUUCGAUAUCCCAAACCCUAGUACCAACCACAGCCCACAAUUACUCCACCAGACCCUAACCCCGCCGGCGCCGCCGCCGAGCAACAACAACAACUCGUCCGAGUUCGUCGACUCGGCCGAGCUGGGCGGCGGCGGGGGGUCGGGCGGGGACGAGCCGGCCCGGACACUGAAGCGGCCGCGGCUGGUGUGGACCCCGCAGCUCCACAAGCGGUUCGUGGACGCCGUGGCCCACCUGGGAAUCAAGAACGCCGUGCCGAAGACCAUAAUGCAGCUCAUGAGCGUUGACGGGUUGACUCGGGAGAACGUGGCGAGUCACCUGCAGAAGUACAGGCUCUACCUGAAGCGCAUGCAGGGGAUUUCCUCCGGCGGGGGAGGCGGCGGCGGGGCAGGCGGCGGGAUCGGGAGCGAUCCCGCUACCGACCACCUGUUCGCCAGCUCGCCCGUCCCGGCACAUUUCCUGCACCCGGGCGGUGGGGGGCGACCGGGUCCGGACCAUUUCUUGCCCGCGUUUGUGCCUUAUCACCACCACCCCCCACCGCCGCAGCCUCAGCAGCAGCAGUAUAGGCAAAUUGGGCAUAUUGGGUUGCAGCCAAAUGGGCAUAUUGGGUUGCAGUCAAAUGGGCAGUUUGAGCAUCCGUUUAUGAGUGCUAGGCCUGUUCUUCACAGGAUUGGGGGUGGACCGGUGGGCCACCACAAUCCUGUUGUACCUUAUGUAGAGGAUGUGGAAUCAGGGACUGCGGCGAAUGGGAGGAAAGUUCUUACUUUGUUUCCAACUGGGGAUGAUUGAAUUUGGGUAAUUGGUUUGUUCUAGUUUUUUUUAACCUUGUCUCAAAUCAAUAGAAAGUGUCUGGGUCACUUUGUUGUUCAUUGGAGUUUAAUCAUUGGGGCCUAUUUAGAUUGUGGGGUUUGGUUAGAAAGAAAAGCAAGGAGAAUCCCUCCAUUUGUCUGAAGGAAUGGGUGAGAAAUGUGUGUAUAAAUGCAAGGUCUAUUUUGUUUCUCACCAAAAUGGUGAGAAUUGGUGAGAAAUAGUAACCCUCUCUUUUUUCUCAUCAAAGGGGAGUCUGGCAUUAGAGUUUUUCCAUCAUGUUUGAUGUUUCCUUCUCUUUUCUUUUGGCUUCUCUUACAUCAAUAUGGAGUCUGUCUGGGUCACUCAAGCAUUGGAGUUCCUCCUUAGAGUCUGGCAUUAGAGUUUUUUCGGACGUGGUUGUUGUUAUAACCAGUGUUAGCAUUGUAAUGGGUGUUGGGUUUUCGUGGGCUUGCAAAUAAAUUCGAUGCAGGUACUGCAAUCCCUCUGCCAGUUCGGUUAUUUUGGUCAUUCCUAGUUGGGGUGGGUAGGUUCAAUUUCAGUUUCGUUGGACUUCUCCGCUUGUAAUUAAGGGUAUCAAUCUAGUUUUCCUCUAUUUGUCAGUCUAUGCUGCAGAAUAACGGUCUGAGCGAUGGUUGCAGUAAUGGUGAUGUCUUGUUCAUACGGUGAUUUGCGCUAGUCUAAGUGGCUGGCUUUUCUUUACAUUGGAGUUACUUCGUCCGGAAGAGUUGCUAUUUUGUGGUGGUUGUGUUUGUGAUUCAUCUUGAGCUUCCAGUUUAGCAGUGAAUAAUGUUGAUGGACACUGAAUAAAUUUUCUAGACGUCUAAGAACGGCCUUUGCAUCCUUGGACAGCAUAAUUGACAUUGGGCGUCUCGGCAGUGUUUAGUACUCUCUCGUGUACGCAUCUUGUUCUCAGCAGUCUCUUCGUAUCAUGUAGAGGUGAGUCCUGCUUCUUGUAAAUUGUGUGAUUUUUAAAGAAGUCUUAUGAACCCGAUAUUUGAGGAAUUGAGAAAGUUAAAAUCUGUUGUUAUUAUAGUUUUCAA